CGGUGUCCUUCUGCUUUGUGACGGGUUAUAACAGCAGCAACAAGGUGAAAACACAGUUCAACGACCAAGAUGGAAACCAAGCUGACAUCAGAGCCAAAAUCCAUUGGUGUGAAUAAUGGGGGGGCAAGGAUUGUUGUGGAUGAUGACGAUGAAGUUCUCAGCCGGACCGACCUCUCUGAGAUGUUAGCUGAGGGGACCAAGGAGUCCCACAACAGAGCAGAGAACUGCCAGUUUGUCAAAGAUUUCCUCAGAGGCCGCAUCAAAAGGGAGCUGUUUAAGAGAGGCACAGCAGCUCUGUACUUUGUCUACUCUGCCAUGGAGGAGGAGAUCGAGAAGAACAAAGACCAUCCUCACAUCGCACCAAUCUAUUUCCCCACAGAGCUUCACAGGUGCGAGGCCCUAGCCCGGGAUCUUGAGUAUUUCUAUGGAGAGGACUGGGAGAACCAGAUCAGCCUCUCUGCAGGCACCAAACCCUACGUGGACCGCAUCCACGAGGUGGGAGAGAAGGACCCAGUGCUGCUGGUGGCCCACUCCUACACCCGCUACAUGGGCGACCUCUCAGGCGGACAGAUCCUCAAGAAAGUGGCACAGAGGGCACUGAAGCUCCCAUCAACGGGCGAGGGUCUCAACUUUUAUCAGUUUGAAGGCAUCCACAGUCACAAAGGCUUCAAGCAGCUUUACCGAAGCAGGAUGAAUGAACUGGAACUGGACCCUGAGACCAAGGAGAGGAUUGUGGAUGAGUCCAACCGGGCAUUUAGCUUCAAUAUGAUGGUGUUCACAGACCUUGAGGAGAUUGGGAAGACAAUCAAAGAGGAAAUCCAAGAUGCAGGACUUGGACACAGUCAUGCAGAGAUCAUGGAGGGUGGUGAUAUCAACAAGUGCCCCUACUAUGCUGCAAAAAUGGCUGCCAGUGGAAACCCCACCUAUAUGUGCCAGUUAGCCAUGAUGCUUCUCAGACAUCCGCCCUGUCAGGUGGCUCUGGCUGCCUGGGUGGCCGUCCUUGCUGGGUUAACUGCCUGGUAUCUUCUAUGAGCUCUGAUUCACCCGUUCUGC